AUGACCGAUCAAUCGCCUCGCCCCGCUGACGAAACGGCAGCCGCACCCACGCCAGAGCCCGCGAAGAAGGAGCCCUCCCCGCAGCAAGUGCGCUUCGAAGUCGAGCUGGAAUUCGUUCAGUGCCUCGCCAGUCCCGUCUAUCUCAAUUGUGAGUUCAGUCUCGCUGCCCCUCCCACGCGCGUAUCUACCGCGCUGUGCCAUAGCGCUGGGUUAGCUGACAACGCCUCUCCAUUUCAUUGCGCCCUGCCGUCUUGCGCACGCAUAAUUCGCCAUUCAAGUCUUGGCGCAAAAUGA